UAUAAACAAAAGUUUAUCAAGGAACAAUCUUUCUCAAUUUCAUCAAUUUUACUGAAUUAAAAAUCAGUCAUUCAGCUACAACAUGAGCGAUAAGAUUAUCAUAAUUCAUCCUGGAUCGCUCUAUUUGCGAAUUGGAAAGGCAAGCGAUUUAAAUCCUGAAAAUAUUCUCAAUUGCAUUGCGAGAAAACGCAAAAGUAAUGAUCCAAAACAUGUUCAUAUGGACUCUUUGUUGCCACCUCAAGUCAUAAAGACUAAGGAACUGUCAGCUGAAAUGGAUGAAAGUCGGAUAAGCGUUUCACAUUUACUACAAAGUUCAUAUCAAUCAGAUGGAAGAAAAAGGUACGGAAUCUCACCACAGCAGUUGGCACAAUUCAAUAAGAGAAGUUUGCCAGAAAUCAUCAACAGCUCACAACAAACUUACUGGCUGACACCAAAAAGUAAUGUGAAUUAUAUCAUUGGAGCUGAUGUGCUGAGAUUAAGUCCGAAUAGCAACUUUAAUGUUCAUUUUCCAAUAAGACGAGGUGAACUGAAUAUCCAUAAAAAUGUUGGUGGAAGUUUGACGGCGACUCUUGAGCACAUCAAAUGCAUUUGGGAAUUUGCUAUCAAAAAUUUUCUUGACAUUAAUUUGAAGGAGUUGAACGAAUACAAGGCAGUUCUAGUUAUUUCAGAUAUUUACAAUCGGAAACGAAUCAAAUUGAUGGCUGAACUCCUCUUUGAGAUGGGAUUCAAGUCUAUCAUAUUGAUUCAAGAGCAUGUAGCAGCUUCAUUUGGAUCAGGUCUAAAUUGCACAUGUGUUGUGGACAUUGGCGAUCAAAAGAUAUCAAUUUCCUGUGUUGAGGAUGCAAUUUCACAUCCAAAUACAAGAGUUUCAUUGAAAUUUGGAGGAAGUGAUGUGACGAUGACUUUCUUCUGGCUUCUUCAAAAGUGUUCAUUUCCUUAUAAGGAAUGUCAGACACAAAACUAUCAAGAUGCAGCACUGCUGAAUCAUUUAAAGGAACAAUAUUGCCACAUUGAUCUUGACAUUUGUGGAUCACAAGAGAAAAGUUUUAUAAUUAAUCGUCCUGAUCAGUCGCCAGUACGAUAUGUCCUUCAGGUUGCUGAUGAGCUCCUGAUUGCACCAUUGUCGCUAUUUUAUACAGACUUACUGAAAUUCACAUUAGGAACAACAAAUCGUGACAAAAUUAUUCAAAUCCAAAAGACACUUGGACAGGAUUUUGACUCAGAGGAUUGUUAUAAUGCUGAAUUUUUAAGAGAAACUGGACGAAGGAAUGCGAAGGAUCAAAUUGAAGCGACUUUUAAUAUCAAUGAUGUUAGUAAUGUUGAUGCUGAAGAGGAUACUGAAGUCGAUGAUUUAAUUAAAUUUAAUGCAAAUGACUUCCAAACCACAAAUGGACAAAUUAUUGGACUCGACAGUGCUAUUUUACAGAGCAUAGAGCACCUUUCGAAUGAUGAUUUAAAGAAGAAAAUGUACAACUGCAUAUUGCUAACUGGCGGUGCUUCCAAAGUUCCAGGAUUUGGGAAAUGGCUGCAAAAUAAAAUUCGUCAAUCAAUUCCACCAAAUUAUCGAACAGAAAAUGUCGAUAUUGUAAAUACAGUGAAGGAUGUUGAUCCUGCUAAUGUGUCAUGGCGUGGAGCAUGUCUCUUAACAUCAUUGGAGACAGCAGAAGAAUUGUGGAUUACAAAGGAAGAUUGGCAAAGCUAUGGGGUUAGAAUAUUGAGGGAAAAAGUUCCAUUUAUUUGGUAAUUUUUUUUGG